AUGGGAGCGGCCAAAAACAAGAACGGAUCAAUAGUGAGCCAUCAUUCACAGGCAAAUUUCGACGAGACUCCACAACCCGCAUUUUAUGUUUUGUUAUUAGCAAGAUUCAAUGUUUUUGUGAUGGUAUUUGGCGCGUUUGUCGCCUCACUUUUGGAUAGAUUAGGACUUGUGGAAAAUAAAUGUAAAAAGGAUGAUGUCAGGUUAAAGGUGAGUCAUUUUUUCAAAUUUGAAAAUUAUAACAACAAAUUUAAAAAAAACUUGCGACUAUUUGUACUUUGUUUCUAUUCUUAUCAUCUCAUCUUGCUACUUUUUUAUGGCCUACAACAAAAAACAAAAGAAAAAUGCCAAAUUUUUAAAAAAUUACAAAUAAUAAAAUUGUUAACAGUGGAGCGCGUUUGCUUUUUAUUUAAAAAAAAAACAAAGAUUUUCAUUAGAGCACACUUGCCCUUUUUGCAUAUAAUAAUUCCAAGUUUUCCAGGAUUUCGCUCCCAUUGACAAUCACUUCGAUGCCAUGUACACCAAUCACAUCUAUCGAUUAUCAACAGAUGUUGUGAAUCGACCAAUCAGUGGUGUUCCUGGAGCGAUAGUUAGACUAAAAGAUCGAUAUACUGAUGAUCAUGGAUGGACACAAAAGUAAACCGUUCCAUUAAAUUCCAAACAAAAAUAUAAUUUUAUUUUUCUAGAUUUACGGGUAGCGAAAGCGAGGUGAUUAAUCUAGGCUCUUAUAAUUAUUUGGGAUUUUCGCAUUGUAGUGGAAGUUGUGCUGAAGAAGCUGCAGCUUAUAUUGAUAGAUAUGGUGUAGCUUGUAGUGGAACACGACAAGAACGCGGAAAUCAUUCGGUUCAUAAGAAGGUUGAGAGAACUAUUGCCGAUUAUCUGAGUGUUGAAGAUGCGAUUGUUUUUCCGAUGGGUUUUGCGACGAAUGCUAUGAAUAUUCCGGCAUUGGUGGAUAAGGUGAGUGAUUUUUUUGGGGUUAUUUCGAAACAUUGUCAGCUGCUUGAAAUUAUUUAAAAAAUCAAUAAUUUUGCCUGGUUUAAAUUUCAAAAAAAAAAAACAAUUUUGCUUGCUAACAAGGGAACCUUUUUCCUCAACACUUCGAACCUCGAUGAAAUGUUGUCCAUAGACAGCUUUUGGGGUCAUAAGAACACCUUAACAAUUUAAGUUACCCAAUGGACCUAUGAGCCAAGUUCUGGGCUCUCAAAAGUUCAAAAGUGCUGAAAUUGGCUCAUAAAAGUCAUCAUAGCUCCAUUUCAAAAUAAUUUUUGUGGGAAAUAAAGUUUCAGAUAUUGACCAGCGUCGUCGAUUUACUAAUAAAAGUACAUUUAAAAAAAACAUUUUUUCAAAAAGUUUUUUAUUUUUCGGCUGAAAAUCAUAUGUGCCCCUGCUCAUUCUGUUUUCCAAAAUCAAAUUUUUUUUUGAAAUAUCUGAAACUCAGUUUUUAUAAAAUUGAUCGAGAAUUGAGUUAUGAUGUCUAGCGCUAAAAACAUCACCACAAAUUCAAAAAGUUCUCCCAACUUCCUUUUCGCAGGGUUCACUAAUCCUAUCCGAUCGCCUCAACCACGCUUCCCUUGUCACCGGAUGUCGUCUCUCAGGCGCAACCAUCAAAGUGUUCCGUCACAACGACGCAGCGCAUUGCGAACAAGUUCUUCGUGACGCAUUGUGCUCGGUGAGCCCGAGAACCGGUCAAAAAUACAACAAAAUUCUGAUAAUCAUCGAAGGAAUUUAUAGUAUGGAAGGAACAAUUGUGAAUCUACCAGGAUUCAUUGAAAUCAAGAAGAAAUAUCGCGCAUAUUUGUUUUUGGAUGAGGCACAUUCGAUUGGAGCAGUUGGUCCGACUGGAAGAGGAGUUGCUGAAUAUUGGGGAUGUAAUACUAGAGAUAUUGAUAUUAUGAUGGGAACUUUGACUAAGUCUUUUGCUUCGGCUGGAGGAUAUAUGGCUGGGACAAAGGUGAGGAUUUUCUAGUAGUUUCCAACCCGAAUUUUCUCAUUUUCCAGCGAUUAAUUGAUCAUAUUCGACGAUAUUCCGCUGGAACAUGUUAUGGAACAACAAUGUCGCCACCACUAAUUGCACAAGUCGAAAAGGCUGUUGCUGUGAGCAAAAAAAAAAAACUCUUUCAAUGAUUUUUUUUUCAAUAAAAAUUGUUUUAGAUAAUGUGUGGCACGGAUGGCACUCAAAUCGGUCGCCAAAAAUCCACACAACUUCUCGAAAACUCUCGAUAUUUCCGUCAAAAACUGAAAGCCUUGGGAUUUUUGGUUUAUGGAAACGAUGAUUCGCCGGUGGUCCCUCUGAUGACUUUUUAUAUCACUAAAGUUGUGUGAGUUUUUCUCACUCAAUUUUGAAGUCAAAGUUUCAAUCUGAAAAAUUCUAGAGAAUUCUCGCGGCGAGCACUGAAACAUAAUAUUGGAAUUGUGGCGGUUGGCUACCCGGCGACACCGCUUUUAGAAGCACGAGUUCGAUUUUGUUUGAGUGCGGAUCACACUAGGGAACACCUCGAUUACAUUCUUAAAGUCAUUGAAAAAAUUGGGAAUGAGACGAAUACAAUGUACGGGAAAUCUUUGUUCUAG